GCUCCAUUUUUCAACACACUCUCAAUGCUUAAUUUAUAGCUUUCUUUCUUUCUCUCACCAUCUCUCUGAUCUGAGUGAGACUUUCAUUUUCAUCUUCCUCUUCAUUUCACUUCUGUGAGCUUUGAAGAGAAGAAAGAAAACGAUGGCGGGGAAGCCAUCCACCAAAGGCAGAAAGGUAGAGACGCUGGGGAAAGGGAAGGUCACACCAACGCAGAUCGCGUUCAUCGUCGAUAGGUACCUUUGCGACAACAACUUCUCGUCCACGCGUUCCGUCUUCCGAACUGAAGCUUCUUCUCUCAUCGCCAAUUCACCCAUUAAUGAGGCACCGAAGACUUUGUUGACUUUAGGGGAGAUGCUGGAUGAGUACAUAAGCUUGAAGGAGCAGAAGGUCAUGUUGGAGCAGGAAAGGGUUCUCAUGGAGCAAGAGAAAAACCGGGUUCAGAUGCUGUUGCACGGUAUGCAGAAUGUCAUGAACGCUUUCAAUGCCAGUGGAAACCUCUCAGCUCUUCCGGCAAAAUCUGCAGUUGCUCUUGCUCCUUCUCAACCAACUUAUAUUAACAAACCUCAGCCAGGUGUACCUUCUUCUGUGCAAAUCAAAUCGCAUAUACACUCACUGCCUCUGUCUAGCAAUACAAAUUCAGAGGGUGGAAACUUCUCAACAUCUGCGAUGAAUGUAUCCGACAGAAAGAGAAAGGAUACUAAAACAGAUGCACCUUUAGCUGCGAAAAAGUCUCGUGGUAGAUCAACCAACAAGAAAGUUUCUGUCCAAGGUCCAAAUGUGCCACCGCAGCCUGAUAAUACCAUUGAUUCUCAAGUAGUAGGUCCACCAACUUCUUCAAUUCGUUCUUCACCAGAGAACUGUGUGCCGAGUGGAUCACAGGCUCAAGGAUCCAAUAUUGCUAAAUGCUUAUUCGACCAAUCUUCCCUCCCUCCUACUAGUAAUUCACAACCACCAAAGACACCUACUAGAAGAAUAACUUCAUCCCAAAGUGGUACACAUAUCUCACCUCCUGAGAUUUCUUCAGUCUCGGGUUGCAAUCAAGAGGCUACUCCUACGCGCUGCACUGUGAUUUCAACCAAGAGAGUUAUGGUCAGCCCUGCGAAACAGAUGGCAUACAUAGAGAUGAGCCAUUGCAUUUCACCUCUGAAGACAGGUUCUGACAAAUUAGGAAAGAGAGAUCAUGUGAGAAGCAGGUUGGACUUUGGUUCUGAUAUGCCAGAGGGCUUGGACAAACAAUUGUCGAACGAGGUUUCUACGUCUGAGUCUGAGAAGGAACUGGACAUGUUUGACAUUGAGUUCCCAAAUUUCGAUGCUUUAGGAAUUGACUUCUCCUUCAGUGAAAUGUUAAAUGAUCUAGAAAUACCUUGUGAUGGCAUUGACUUCAGUUGCCAACCAACAUCAAGCCCUUCCAUUGAAAAUGCUUCAGGCAGCUCACCUCAAGAAUGCAAUGACACUAAUGCUUUAAAUGAAUUAACAACUGUUUCUGAAGUCCUAUGUGAGAAAGAUCUGAGAAUAUUAGGUCCAGAUUGUAUGACAGCAGUGAAAUCUGUCACAAAAAGCAUAACAGUUGUCAGCCCUGAGAAAAAGCGGGAGCAAUCUCUUGAUUAGGAAAAUUGUAAAUGAGUGACAAUUUGAAGAAUGACUCAACCUGACUUAUUACUGAUCCCCGCUGGAGAGAUAUCUGACCGUUGCUCCGAAUAGCAGUUCUCUGAAGUUGCACUGGAAUUAGGAUAACAUCAUUCAUUUAAACCUAGAUUACAACCUUGCCUUAUUUGGUCAAAGUUGCAAUCAUCAAUCUUUAAUCUAUUGUAGAUAUCAUACUACUUUUUUUUGUGUGCUACUCACUUAAUCUUGGUAACUAUGUUUGAGUAUGGUAAACUUGGAAGUAAAUGUGGUUUUGGAUUUGGAUACACUAUACAUGCCAGGAAGCAAAUCUAAAAUCGUUGGUUUUCGCAUUAGUUUACUUGUGGUAAUAUACACAAGCAU